AUGACUUUGCUCAAAAGAUUCCAAAAAUCACGAUACCCCAGCGAAAAGCUUGGCUUUUAUAGGUGCCUCCUGAUGAACCGACUUUCUGGAAAGGCUGCCAAGAAGGCCGGUAAGGCCCAAAAGUCUAUCUCCAAGGGAGAUAAGAAGAAGAAGCGCAGGAGGAAGGAGAGCUACAGCAUCUACAUCUACAAGGUGUUGAAGCAGGUCCACCCUGACACCGGUAUCUCCUCCAAGGCCAUGUCAAUCAUGAACUCUUUCGUGAAUGACAUUUUUGAGCGCAUUGCAGCUGAGGCUUCCCGCCUUGCACACUACAACAAGCGUUCCACCAUCACCAGCCGGGAGAUCCAGACCGCCGUCAGGCUUCUGCUGCCCGGAGAAUUGGCCAAGCACGCUGUGAGCGAAGGUACCAAGGCCGUCACCAAGUACACUUCAUCAAAGUAAAUUACUAGGUGCUUGUGUACGGUUUACCUGCCUCAUACCCAAACAAACAUCGGCUCCUUUAGGAGCCACAAAUAGUCUUCAAAGUGGAUAAAAAUGACCUUACUAAGUGUGGAUUAACAACUA